CCGACACACUAAGUACAACAUCAUUGCAAAAUCAUCCUUCUAUAAUAUUUUUUUUUAAAUAAAACCAGUGAAAAUGUUGAAGAUUAUAUCUUUUCUGAGUUUAGUGCUCGGCUGUUAUUCUAGCUCUGCGCCCUUCAUAACACCAUGCAAGCCCGGCGACUCCGCCUGCCUGAUCGCCUCAGCCAACAGCGCGAUCGCCGCGUUCGCAGACGGCGUACCCGCGCUGGGAAUCAAACCCAUAGACCCGCUACAGAUCCCUCUCAUCAAGAGCGACCACGCAGGCCUCAAGCUGGUCUUCAGGGACUCCACUCUCACCGGCCUCAAGAACUGCAACGUAGAAAGUGUAAAACACGACGCGGCCAAGCAGAAGCAGUCCAUCACUCUAAAGUGUAGCGCGGUGCUGACCGGGAAGUAUACCCUGGACGGGAAGUUGCUCAUCCUGCCCGUGCAAGGAAACGGUCCCUUCUCUAUCGAAAUACGUGACGUCGUAAUCAAAGCGAUCAUGGACUUGGCAACUGUGACCGGCAAGGAUGGGCUCCCGCACUGGCACAUCGCCAAGUGGCGUCAUUCCUACAAAGUUCUCACUGGCGCCAAGUUCGAUUUCCAAAAACUUUUCAACGGAAACAAGGCUCUUAGUGAACCUGUAAUAGAGUUUGCAAAUAACCAGUGGAGGGACGUUAUGGCAGAAGUGGCGCCACCAGUCGUCGAGGCCAUGGUAUCGGAGCUGAUAGCCCAAGUUGAGAAUAUGUAUGCCGCUGUGCCAGCUUCCGAACUCGCUUAGAACAUUUGUAGUUAAUUUGAUAAUGCACAAUCUGUAUCUAUAUAACUACUUAUAAUAAAACUGUAACCGGAAGAUUUCUGUACA